CCUGCCUCUGGUCCCGCCUCCGGGCCCUGGGUCCCGCUACCGCCAGGAAGAGGCGUUGCUCUCGCUACCUUCCUACACUCCGGCGCGUGACUCCUCCCCGGACCCGUGAUGCCAAGGCUCCAGCGGGGGACGAGGAAGAGUCGGGCUUGAGCCCCAGCUGAGUCGAGGGCUCGCGGUCUUGUCUCCCCGGCCCGCCCCACCUCAAGAAAUGAGCGGUGGAUUGGCCCCAAGCAAAAGCACAGUGUAUGUAUCCAACUUGCCCUUUUCCCUGACCAACAAUGACUUAUACCGGAUAUUUUCCAAAUAUGGCAAAGUUGUAAAGGUUACUAUAAUGAAAGAUAAAGAUACCAGAAAGAGUAAAGGAGUUGCAUUUAUUUUAUUUUUGGAUAAAGACUCUGCACAAAACUGUACCAGAGCAAUAAACAACAAACAGUUAUUUGGUAGAGUGAUAAAAGCAAGCAUUGCUAUAGACAAUGGAAGAGCAGCUGAGUUCAUCCGAAGACGAAACUACUUUGAUAAAUCUAAGUGUUAUGAAUGUGGGGAAAGUGGACAUUUAAGUUAUGCUUGUCCUAAAAAUAUGCUUGGAGAACGCGAACCUCCAAAGAAAAAAGAGAAAAAGAAAAAAAAGAAAAUUCCUGAACCAGAAGAAGAAAUUGAAGAAGUAGAAGAAAGUGAAGAUGAAGGGGAGGAUCCUGCCCUUGACAGCCUCAGUCAAGCCAUAGCUUUCCAGCAAGCCAAAAUUGAAGAAGAACAAAAAAAAUGGAAACCCAGUUCAGGGGGUCCCUCAACAUCAGAUGAUUCAAGACGCCCAAGGAUAAAGAAAAGCACAUAUUUCAGUGAUGAGGAAGAACUGAGUGAUUAAAGUUAUAUUUAUUAUGUAAAUAUCAUUAAUUUUCUUUAUCUUAAGUUCAGUUGGGACUAAAGAUUACUUUUAGAAUUUGAACAUAAAGAACACUUAGUACCAAAUAAUUUUUUACUAUAGAAUAGUUCAUAGGAAAUUGAAAAUAAUUUUAAAGUAUCAUGUUUCUAUCUUGCCUUAGUAGAGUAAUAAAAAUAAUCACUUGGUAGUAACCAUUAAUCUUGAAAACAGUUCAUUUGAAUAAAACAGAUCAUAAUACUAUCAUAGUAUUGCAAUUGUCAUCUCAAGAAAAAAAUCGAUGUUUGAGAAACUCAUUAUAAAAGUUUAUUUGUAUUUGAUUGCUUUACAUGAAGACUUGAAAUUUCAUCUUUAAGACAAAAACUUCAUAAAGACUGGAAAAUACUGACUGAUUUAUUGUUAUUAACUGUUAAUAAAAUUUUCAAGAGAAUUUUGUUUUUAAA